AUGGUGAUAUCCCAUAUACCAGAAGAGCAAGAGAUGCCAAUUUAUGACAUUACAAUGGAAAAUGAAUUUGUAAUUCCUGUAGAAGAUCAACACGUUGAAUCACUAGACACUAUUGAAGGAAGAAAAAGGAAAGCAAAAGGAAAGGCAAAAGAAUCACCAUCAAUAAUACUAAAGGAAAAUGCAUCAUUGGAUGAUGUAAAACUGGGGUCUGUUUUUCAAGACAAAAAUGCUAUGAUUAGAUAUUUUUGCUUAGCAGCUAUAAAGGAGCACUUUGAGUUCUAUGUUGAUAGGUCAAGUAACACAAGAUACUCUUUGGUAUGUACUGAUGAAAAGUGUGGUUGGACUGUUCGAGGUUCAAGAAUUAAGGAAUCCACACUUUUUAAAAUAGUUAAAUUUCAGAGAACACAUGAAUGCUCGGUUGACAUUAGAAAGUCACAUCAAAGACAAGCAACUUCAAAUGUGAUUAGAGAUUAUAUGAUUGGCAACUUAAGGGACAUAGCUACUGAAGUAAAGCCUAAGUUUAUCAUUUCAGAAAUGAAAAGAGCACAUGGAAUAUAUAUUGGUUAUGUCAAAGCAUGGCAUGCUAUUCAAAAAGGGAUAUCUUUAUUAAGAGGAACAACUGAACAAAAUUACAAGCAACUGCCAUCAUAUUUGUAUAUGAUCGAACAAAAAAAUCCAGGAUCAUAUACUAAUAUUCAAAGAGAUGCAGAAAACAAGUUUGUUUACAUAUUUUUUAUGUAUGGCGCGUCAAUUUCUGGGUGGAAGUAUUGUAGACCACUUAUAGAGGUUGAUGGAACAUUUCUAAAAAAUAAAUAUAGAGGUGUUCUGUUAGUGGCUGUUACAAAGGAUGCAAAUAACCAGAUUUUUCCUAUAGCAUUUGGGGUAGCGGAUAAAGAGAAUAAUGAAUCAAAUGAAUGGUAUUUCAGAGAAUUAAGAAAAGCAAUUGUGAUUCGUAAUGGUUUAAUAUUUUUGUUAGAUCGACACAAGGCCAUUGCAAAUGGAAUUGCAAAAGGUUUCCCUGAGUGCUACCAUGGUAUUUGCAUAUAUCAUUUAGAAAAGAAUCUAAAGCAAAUAAGAGUGAGAAACACUGUAAUAAACCUGUCUGCAAGAGUAUACCUUCAAUCAGAAUUUGAUGACUUUAUGUCCCAAAUAGCUGCUGGUGAUAAGAAAACAUUCAACUAUUUGAUGGAGGAACCACCAGGAAGAUGGGCUUGUUCACAUUGUCCAAGACGACAAUAUGAUAUGCUAACAACAAAUAUUGUUGAGUCAAUGAAUAAUAUUUUGAUACGUGCAAGAGAAUUGCUGCUUUUAACAAUGAUGAAUUUCAUACAAGAAAAAUUGCAAAGCUGGUUCUAUGAAAGAAGGACAACUGCAGAAGGAAUAUUCCGUGAGUUAUCAAAUUGGACAGAAGCAACAUUGGAAGAAAAAAUUAAACCAGCUUUUACAUUUAGACUAUUACCCAUUGAUCGACUCAAAUUCAAUGUAAAAGAAGGGGGUGAUUCAACAAAAUGGGUCAUACCAGAUACUAAUAAAUCAGAAAUCACUAAGCGUCCAGAUGUAAAAGUAAUGCUAGGAAGAAGACAGAAGAAUCGACAUAUUUCCUGUACAGAAUUCAAGAAGGAACCAAGAUGUGGUAGGUGCAAAAGAUAUGGGCAUAACAGAACAAAUUGCACAAAUUCUGCAGUAGUUCAUCCUUAUGCAAGAAAAUACAGGAAAAAGAAUGAUUGA